UUCCGGUGAUUGUGACGCAUUAGGGGUUCGGCUGCAGACGCUCGGCGCUGGCUGGAGCAGUCAUGGCGGAGUGCCGGUCGGCCGAAGCUCGCUGGUUCUUCACCCGGGAGCAGCUGGAGAGCAGCCCGUCCAGGCGGUGCGGGGUGGAGGCGGACAAGGAGCUGUCCUACCGCCAGCAGGCCGCCAACCUGAUCCAGGACAUGGGCCAGCGGCUCAAUGUCUCGCAAUUGACAAUAAACACUGCCAUUGUUUACAUGCACAGAUUUUAUAUGCAUCACUCUUUUACCAAAUACCACAGAAAUGUAAUGUCUCCUACUGCUUUGUUCUUGGCUGCCAAAGUUGAGGAGCAGCCACGAAAACUUGAACAUGUCAUUAAAGUGUCUCAUGCUUGUCUUAAUCCAGACGCUCAACUUGACACAAAAAGUGACACAUACCUGCAACAAGCGCAAGAGCUAGUAAUACUUGAAACUGUACUGCUACAGACAUUAGGCUUUGAGAUCACUAUUGAACAUCCUCAUACAGAUGUCGUCAAAUGUACCCAGUUAGUGAGAGCAAGCAAGGAUUUGGCACAGACGUCCUAUUUCAUGGCUACCAACAGCUUGCACCUUACAACAUUCUGCCUUCAGUACAAACCGACAGUAAUAGCAUGUGUGUGCAUUCAUCUGGCUUGCAAAUGGUCCAACUGGGAAAUUCCUGUAUCAACGGAUGGCAAACACUGGUGGGAAUAUGUGGAUCAAUCAGUUACUCUGGAACUGCUUGAUGAGCUAACUCACGAAUUUCUGCAAAUUCUCGAGAAAACGCCAAGUAGACUGAAAAGGAUUCGAAACUGGAGGGCUAGCCAGGCUGCAAGGAAGCCAAAGUCUGAUGGGCAGCUUGACAAUUCCCUCCUUGGUCCAUCCCUGGUCCAAAAUUCUAUAUUGAUGGAUCCUGUUGCUGGCAUCACUGCUAAUGCAAGUUUUCCCAAGGCAUCCUCUUCCACUUUUCCUCCACCAAUAGCUUUGAACUCAGGAAGCAUGCCUAUCCAGGCAGCUCAUAACCCAGAUGAACUGGCAAUACUGACCACAGCAAUGCCAAGUACCUCAUACACUAUGGCAUCCCACCAUGAAUGGCCUCAACAUCAUGAGCAGCCUAGAACUGAACAAGUGUAUAAUCCCAAAACCGAGAACUCUUUAACUGUUGCUCAGUUUGGCAUAAACUUUCAACAAGCCACUGCUGUACAGCUUCAUUCGGGCCUGCACCGUGCUGAUAAAGGUUCAGAGCACUCUAUUAAGCCAGAGCAUGCUCAUAAGCCAACAACUGCUAAACAUCAUGGUCAAAUUUAUGCACCUCCUAUGGCUGUCCCUCAUAAAAUGUCACUGGACAAAUACAGGGAGAAGCGUAAACAGGAAACCGUUGAAGUAGAUGUAAGGGAUAUGUAUGCACCAGUCCACAUGGAAUUGCAUCACAAAAAGCACUCACAUAUUCCUACUGGAAGCUCUUUGACAUCACCUCCUAAACUGAAAAUUCAGCUUCCCAACUCUGACAAGACUGACAAACAUUCAUCUGAUAAAAAAGAUAAGGGUGUAUCGCUCAAGUUGCGAAUACCAAUUCCACCUGGGGAGAGACCCUCUAACAAAGAGGACCUGAAAAUGAAAAUAAAAGUACCUUCCGCUGACAGACACAGCUCAUCUGAUGAGGGCAGUGGCAAAAGCAAACACUCGAGUCCACAUCUGAGCAAAGAACAUAAAGAGAAGCACAAGGAACAUUCUUUCAACAGACACCAUAGCAGCAGCCACAAGCAUUCCCAUAGCCAUGGAAGUGGAAGCAGCAUCAAUAGCAAUAGACUUUACACAGAUGGAAUGUCAACGACUGUUUUGAGGAGUCCAAUUGGCCUGUCUAACGAUGGUGGUACCUCGAACUCCAGCUCUUCCAGAAAGAGGCCGCAUCCCAAUGAUGCCUCUUACAACCACCACUCGAAAAUGAGCAAAAGUUCCAAAACUUCAGGUAGUUCUACUAGUUCUUCCUCUUCUAAGCAGUUUGUAUCCUCUCACAACGCUGUUCUUAACCAACCCUUACCCCCUCCUCCCCCUGUCACAUACCAGGUGGGCUACGGGCAUAUCAGCACCCUCGUGAACCUGGACACGAUGCCAGUGGAGAACAGCCCUGAACACGUUCACGAGUAUAAUGCAAGGAGCCAGCAUACGAACUACACAGAUACAUUCGACAUUCUGGAUUCGCUGUUAAGUGCCCCAGAAAUGAACACGUGAUUCUUUAUUGUAUAUUAGGUUUUUUUUCCCUCCCCCCCCCCCUUUUUUUUU